AUGGUAGGAGGCCCAAUCUUUGAAAGACUGAGGCCCAAUCCUGUGACCCAACAGCGUAAGGCAAAGGCCUCACUUGAAGCUUCUGUGAUUCAGAAGUUAGGUGAGAAGCGUGAAUCUUCGUGCCAGAGAGAAAGGAAGAGGGCGAUCUUCAUGUGGGAAUACAUGAAGAAUAUUUCAUACGCUUCAACUAUCGGAAGCCUUAUGUAUGCUCAAGUUUGUACUGGACCUGACAUUGCAUAUGUUGUUGGAGUUUUGGGAAGAUAUCAAAGUAAUCCAGGCGUUGACCACUGGAAAGCUGCAAAGAAGGUAAUGAGAUAUCGUCAAGGGACAAAAGAUUACAUGAUCAUAUAUAGGCGAACUGAAUGUUUAGAGGUGAUUAGCUACUCUGAUUUAGACUAUGUUGGCUGCGUUGAUUCACAAAAAUCAACAACUGGUUAUAUUUUUAUGUUAGCCGAUGAAGUUGUAUCUUGGAGAAGUGUCAAGCAGACCUUAAUUGCUACUUCUACUAUGAAUUUCGUUUCCUAUUUUGAGGCUACAUAUCCCAUGAUGCCAUUAAAGUUGUACUGUGACAACUCUGCUACAGUGUUUAUGGCUAAGAACAAUAGCAAGUGGAUGUCGAAGUAA